AUGAGCGAGGUCGUGAAUUUGGAUCUGUGCCCUGUCUAUGCACCGUUUUUUGGCGCCAUGGGCGUCACGGCGGCGAUUGUAUUCACAUGUCUCGGUGCCAGUUACGGCACGGCCAAGUCUGGCAUCGGUAUUUCUGCCAUGGGCGUGCUGCGUCCUGACCUGUUGAUCAAGUGUAUUAUUCCCGUGGUCAUGGCUGGUAUUAUUGCUAUUUACGGUCUUGUCGUGAGUGUGCUCAUUUCCGGCGACAUCAAGACGCCCAUGACACUGUAUGCUGGUUUCAUCCAGCUUGGCGCUGGUCUCUCGGUUGGUCUUGCUGGACUUGCUGCUGGCUUUGCCAUUGGCAUUGUUGGUGACGCCGGCGUACGUGGUACGGCACAGCAGCCGCGCCUUUACAUUGGUAUGAUUCUUAUUCUCAUUUUCGCCGAAGUGCUGGGUCUUUACGGCCUCAUUGUUGCGCUGAUUUUGAACACCAGGAGUCAAGAAGCAGGCAGCUGUUUCAUCCGUGCGUAA